AUGGCAGUCAGUCUUGCUCAAGGUGGCCCACCUCCUGCUUUUUUGAACGAGUGGUGCUACAAUUUCCUCUGCCUUGGAGAGAUUGAUUUUCACUCUUUGUCUAAGGAGGAUGUGGCUGAUUCAGAGUCCUGUGUACUCAUCAGCAGGGUCCAAGAUUCCACAGAUGUCCAGUCUCUAAUGACUUAUGCUGAUGAAAUAAUCAACUGUGGCUACACCAGCCAGAUCAAACUGGAUAGCAGAGAGAGGAUCAUUCGAGCAAUUGUUCUACAUUCUACAACAAGAGUGAUUCCAAUGCUGCAGCAGCUGAGAAAGGGCUUGGAACUGUAUGGCCUUCUGAAUCAGAUGACAUCAAACCCUGCAACUUGUCAUUCCUUAUUUGUUCCUGGGAAGAUCACCAAACCUGAUGCUGAUUUCAUGAUGAUGAAUUGCCAGCCACAUUACAGUGAAAAGGGCACAUCCAAAGAAAGAGCUGAAAGGAAGGUGAUCAACUUCCUCCAAGAUUUCUUGGAAGAGCUUGAAAUGCCAGAUGGGCAGACAGACAGUGCAGCUGCGGACACAGAACAUCUUACAGUGCCACAUGUGCUACAGUGGAUGACAGGGCAAUCCCACAUUCCUGUCUUGCCUGAUGAAAGGAGACAUUUUAAAAUAAAAUAUAACUUUGACCAUGAAUGCGGGGAAAGGUUUGGAGACCACUUGGUGUGUUACCCAAUUAGGAUCAAGAGUUCUCCGAAGUUCCUCCAUGACUUCAUCAUCCAUUGGGCAUGCGAUGUCAGGAACGACAACUGCUCCAUUUGA